GCGCACUGGGGCCCCAGCGCCGCCAGCGGCUCCGGGCUCGGCUGCUCGGAAGAUGGCGGACCGUGCCGGCGCCGGCAGUAGCACAUCCCUGAGGGGGAUGCGGGAACGGAUGGUUGCUGCUGCUCAUGCCAUUGCUGAAGAAAGACGGAGUCAGAGUGGCUUCAGCUCUUUUCCAUCCCAAUCCUCAAAUAUAAGAUCAGCAUUUAAGCCAGUGAUAGAUGGAUCUGUCCUUAAAAAUGAUAUGAAACAAAGGUUAGCAAAAGAGCGCAGGGAGGAGAAGAAAAGACAGCAAGAUGCUAAUAAAGAAAUGCAACUACUUGAAAAAGAAAGAAAGUCCAAGAUCCAAUAUGAAAAACAAAUGGAAGAGAAACAGCGGAAGCUGAGAGAACAAAAAGAAAAGGAUGAACAGCGGAGAAUAUCCGCAGAAGAAAAAAGAAAACAAAAAUUACAGGAAGAAAGGGAGAAAUUCAGAGCCGUUCUUUAUCGCACGUUGGAACGGAGCAACCGUGUCGAUCAUCGUCAAAAAAGAUGGUCAUGGGAAGGGCCUAUGACAGUAAACUCUGAGAGUAAAACUGCCAAUAGACGUUCUAUAUCUACUGAAAAACUUGAACAGGAGACUUCCGGUUUACACAAACAAAUGUCUACAUCAUCUGCAGGUCUUCAAAAUUCUGUUGUCAAGAAAAAAACAGAAAAGAGGAGAAGCUCAUCCUUGAAUAGAAGAGAUAGCAAAGUAAAUUCAUCUACAGAAACAGAACAAGUAGAAGAAAAACCAGUUGCUCGUCAGCUGUACACCAAUGUUCGGGAGAAUAAUUUAAUCACACGCCUGCUCGCCCCAACAAAAGCAUCAAUAGCCAGGAGCAAAAGUGCUGCUUCAUUAUCAAUCCCUGGAAAAGAUACUCCAGGCGUCCACAAUGCGUUAAUCCAGUAUAUACACGUGCCCUUGCAUAGCCAUAGCAGUGAUGAAUUGAAGAAUACCAUAGUGCUUCCCAAGUUAACAGGAGCAACUCCUUCCCAGGAGAAUGUAGAAACACCUUCUGAGGUGAGCCUGGAAGCACCCCCUAAGGCAAGCGUGGAAGUGUUCCCUAAGACAAGCUUGGAAGCGGCCCCUAAGGUGAGUGUGGAAGCACCCCUCGAUGUGAGCACGGGAACACCCCCCGAAGCGAGUGUUGAAGCUCCCCCCAAGGCGAGCAUGGAAGCAACUUCAGAGGCAAGCAUGGAAGCAAGCCCCGAGGCAAGUGUGGAAGCAUCCCCUGAGAGUGUGGAAUCGCCUGAGGUGAGCUUGGAAUCACCUGAGGUGAGUGUGGAUUCGUCCCUGGAGGUGAGCGUGGAUCCGUCCCCCGAAGUGAGCAUGGACUCAUCCCUCGAGGUGAGUGUGGAAGUAUCUUCUGAGGCAAGUGUGGAAGCAUCCCCUGAGGCUAGCGUGGAAGUAUCCCCCAAGACUAGUGUGGAAGCCCUCCCCAAGUUAAGCAUGGGAAUGUCAUCUGAGGCAAGCGUGGACGGGUCACCUGAGGCUAGUGUGGAAGCCCUCCCCAAGGCAAGCAUGGAAGCAUCAUCUGAGGCUAGCAUGGAAGCCCUACCCAAGACGAGCAUGGAAGUGUCACCUGAGGCAAGCGUGGAUGCGUCACCUGAGGCAAACGUGGAAUCUGUUCAGAAAUCACAAGUGGACAAACAAGCCUCAAACUCUGUUACCAAGAAGCGCCCAUCAUCGCACGUACUGUGUUACAGAAGGUCAUCUCCUGCAAGUGGGUUGCAUCCGCUCUCCCCUGUCAGUGCCAACAGGCAAGUUCAAAAGAAUCGCCCCCCAUCACCUUCACUCAUGUCAAAGCAAUCAGGACAAUCUUCUCCUUCCUCUAAAAUAAUUCCUGUUCAGCGUAACCUAAUUGCACAAAAUGCAUUAAAUACUACGGGAAGGAAAAGAGAAGCAAUUUCUAAAACCACUAACAGCUCUGAGGCUAUAAGCCAAAAGCAUAUGACCUAUGAAGAGUCUGGUAAUAAAAGCACACCAGGGACUAUGAAUGCUGAGGAGGCAACAAAAAUCUUGGCAGAAAAACGACGCCUUGCUCGUGAACAAAGAGAAAAAGAAGAAGAAAGACUACAAAAAGAAAUGGAGCAAAGAAAGGUGAAAGAUGUGGCAAAGACAGCAGUUGAAGGCCAAGAAGAAGAGUUCUCAAAAUCUAAAGAUGGGCAACCACAAAAGGAGAUAAAAAAGAAGAAAGGAUGUCAGGAUCAAGACCAGGAAGUGCUACUACAGAAAGGCGAUGCCAAAAUAAAAGCUCAGGAGGAGGCUGACAAACGCAAGAAGGAGCACGAGAGGAUUAUGUUACAGAAUAUGCAAGAGAGAUUAGAAAGAAAAAAGAGAAUUGAGGAAAUUAUGAAGCGGACAAGAAAGACAGAUUCGAAUGCCUCAAAGGCUGCAGAAACAUCUGGCAAUGACAUGUAUGAGGAGGACGAGGCAGAUGAUGAGGACGAGUCAGAAAGUGACGAGGAUUCCUCCGAAGACGUGAAUCCGUCAGACUUUAUAAAUGGCAUGGAUUCAUCCACAAAACUCAAAACACGUUUUAAAAAUGUGAAGAAAACUCCCAAGCUGGUGUUUUUAGACGCCACUUCUGGCCAAGUCCAUCAAGAGACAAAAACAUGUUUUAACGGCGACAUGAAAACCUUUGGACAAAAAAAUGUGCAAGACCCUUUGACUCAGGAAAAGGGUACCAGACUGUCCACCAAAAGAAUGACCAGCCGAGCAACAAAAACCGGAAAGGCGAAGGAAACCAGCAACACUGUGGGACCUUCCAGGAGUUUACAUUUGCCAGCACAGGAAUGGGUCGGUGAGAAGAUUGACAUCGUAAGCAUGGCAGAGCCUCUUAUGUCCAGUAUCCCUCCUGAUAGUGAAAAACAUCAUCUGAAAGGUUCCAUGACAUUCCACCAAAGUCCCCAGACACCUUUAGACAGCAAGAAAAGAAACAAAUCUGUUUCUGCUCCAUCGGAUAAGUAGACCUCAUGCUGCCUGGGAGAGAAUUCAUCCUCCACCACUCUGGAUUUCAACUUCCAGGCCCAUCUCCCCAAAUUUCUCCACCUCGGAUUUGAACAUGGCAAAGAAAAUGACCAUCAAAAAAAGGGAAAACACCAAAAAGGCACCUUAACGUAUCUCAGAAGAUGCUCAUACCAUCUUGACUCUUGCUGACAAGCAAGGGUUCUGAGUAAAGAGGCCUUUUUGUCUUCCUAUAAAAAUUGCCAUUGUCUCUCAUUCUUACGUUGUCCUGCCCACACGUGUGCAAGUGUGCAUCCAGGGCGUCUUUACAAGAUGGUAACUCUGGAGUUUCUAAAAGAAUCGCUACCAAAGAAAUCAUUUUCUUUCAGUACAUAUUUGAAAUCUUAAACUAAUGUUUAUUCUAUUUAACAGUUACAUUAAUUUAGCAAUUAAAAACUCACCUUUGAUCUUGUAGAGAGCAUAAUGGGUUAUGUGAGGGACUCCAGAUUGCUCACGAGAGCCUUGUUGGAUUGUCUGUAAUAUAC